AUGAACAGAGAAGCUACGUCACAGCAACAGUUAAAUCUGUCUGCUUUGCAACGUUUAGAUAAUAAGAUUGUAGAUGUAUUGGGAACAUCGACUCAUGUAGCCGUGUAUAGGUUUGAUGUUCAAACUCAACAAUGGGUAUGUCAACCACUAAAUGAUCAGGGUAUCAAUGGUAUCUGGUUCUACGAGUCGUCGGAUCAGGAAAAGAUAUUCCAACAACUCAAAGAGAUCCAACGACAAAAACAAGCACUUGCAUCGUCUGGUGGCGUCCCUCCCCCUCCUUCACCAUCUGUCUCACAGAUACUACAACCUCCUCCUCAACAACUUGUAGCUCAACAACAACAGCAACAACAACAACAACAAAUGGCUCCACCUCCAGGCAUGAUGUUGCCAGUAGCUGCACUUGUUGGAAGUCCUGGUAUGAGUACUCCUCCACCUCAACAACAACAACAACAACAACCACAACCACAAUUAGUACAACCACAACAAUUAAUUAAUAUGUUCCAACAACAACAAUUAAUUCAACAACAACAACAACAACAAUUACAACAACAACAACAGUUGCAACAACAACAACAACAACAACAGGCACAACCACUUUCACCACCUCCACAAACUUCAUCUCCACCUCUAUCAUCAAAUCUUCAACAACAACAACAACCGAUUCCACAACAAUUACAACCGGAUAAUAUUUUAGCUAAGCUUAUGAACUCUGUAUCGAUACAAAAUAAAAAACGUGAAGAACAACAAUUACAACAACAACAACAACAACAAUCACAACAACAACAACAUCAUACCAAUGGAAAUUCAGGAAUCCCAAAUACUCAAACUAAUAAUAAUAACGCCACAAAUAAUAAUAACUCGACUGUCGCUAGCUCAUCGACUGUUACACCUGCCAACAUACCAUCAACAACGUCUCCAGUGACACCACCAAUCAUUACCAAAGACCAAUUCAAAGAUACACUCAAAAAACUAUUAAAUGAUGAUCAAUUUAUCACUCAAGCCUAUUUGUCAUAUAUAAAAUCAGCUGAAGCUGUCAAACAACAACAACCAAAACAAUAA